GCCUUAAACGCACGUGUGUUUGACCCCCCAAAAUUAACCUAAGAACUAAGAAGCUUCUGAAAAAGUUUCUUCCCUAAUCUCUCUCUUCCUUGCUAUCAAAGCAAGUCAAUGGCCAAGUGAUCCAACAAUCAUGCUCCUGCAGUGAAAUUGUGCUUCAUAGUAUCAAAAUUAAGUCAGGAAUUUGAAACCAGAAUGCCAGCAAGUAGGCAAUUUUCUCGGAUAGACACUUCAGAACUAAAAGAUCAGAUUGAGAGGAAGGUUGGGAGCCUGAAGGCAGAAAAGUAUUUCAGUCUUCUCACAGGAUACUUGAGUCUCAAGAUUCGCAAAUCCGAUUUUGAUAGGCUCUGCAUUGAAACAAUAGGAAAAGAAAAUGUCUGUCUUCAUAAUCAUCUUAUCCGUUCCAUACUGAGAAAUGCAAGCCUUUCGAAGACUCCACCAUCGAGCAAAAGCAGCUUUGCAGGUUCUCUUAGUGUAAAAGUGGCAAAUGGAUAUCAAAAAAGUAGUCUUCAAUUGUUAUGCAGAGAUUUCCCCAAAUCACCUAAGAAAGAGAGGACUCCCAAUCUUCGUGAUCGAAGGGCAAGGAAUCGUUUGACCUAUUCUGAGGCUCCUAUUGCAAAACUUCAAGUACAAGAAAGGGCAACCGUGCUUCUUUCUUUGGGGGGCAGACCCCCCGGCUCAGAUGAAGACGGGGAAGAGGUUGAUCAGGCUGCUGAAUGUCCAAGCAUCCACAGUAUAAGACCUCUUAGUGCUCCUCUCGGAAUCCCAAUAUGCACUGGAAGGACAAAAAAACUGUUAAUCAAAGGAUCAGCACCUUCUAUUUACAAUGAGACUUGUCUGAACGGUGGGGAGUUACCUGAUACUAGUUCUUUAAGAAAGAGGUUGAAGCAAAAGUUGGAGAUGGAUGGAAUGGAACUGUCCGAGGAUUGUGCCAACUUGUUGAAUAAUGGACUUGAUGUUUUCUUAAAGAGAUUAAUAAGGCCCUGUUUGGAUUUAGCUGGUUCAAGGUCUAAGGACAGACACAUAGAUAGAGAACAUAGCGAUGAUAUGAGAAACGUACAAAGACCAAGCAGGCCUUAUUCAGCAUCUGUACUAGACUUUCGGGCUGCGAUGGAUUUGAACCCUCAAAUACUUGGAGAAGAUUGGCCAACAAAACUUGAGAAGGUUUGCUUGCAUGCAUAGAAGACAUAACUGGCAUACUACUAUAUGUUUUGGCUCAAACCAUAAGUUUUUGCUUGUUUUAUCGAACACAUUCUAGUACUGAUCUGACAUUGUUGUUCCGGUAACCACCUCCACAGUACAUAAGUAGAUUUGAUGGAAAAUUUUGGGUUGAAGGCGUUAGAUUGUACAAAAAAAACUUUAGAGCUGAUUAUAUCUUGACAAUGUAAGGUAUUAAACUCAUUGGCUGCUAGAAUGUAGCUGUAACAAAUAGGUCAGUAGCACUCCUUUGACAGAUAUUUAUUCUUGCAUAUUAAAGCUUAUCUUCAAAGUCUCCA